UAUAACACACUCAAGCUGUUUGUAAGAGCUCUUUGCCUGGGUGGCAACGAACAAUUUCUUUGCAAAUAAACAAAUCUGUAUGUGAAUUUCAAAAAUUCAAGUCCUAAUAUAAGGUCAGAAUGUAAGGUACAUAUCUAAGAGUUAGGAGUGUAUUUCGAAUAAAGACGAAGAGCGCAAAACAGACAUGCACAUAAGAGCAAGUUACAAAUGAACGGCUCUCUUGCAUUAAAUAUUGUGCUGUGUAUGCGCGCUUGCCUCGCUCCGCUUCAUUAAAGCCUUCUCUAUUUUUCUCCGUUUUUUAAUUAUUAUUAUUCGCAUGUAUUGUCAUCGCAGAGGCUUCGCACACAGCAAAUUGUAUAAUCUUACUCUCGCCUGUUGCUGCACACCUGUCCUCCACUGCAAAUAAUCUUAAUAUGUAUCGAUACCCGUGUGGAAUCGCCACCCCGAUGAAAGACACAAGGUCUCCAUGGAAAUGUACAGGAAAUACGGGCCUAUUUAUGUCGAAAGGCUACAAGGUCGGUACUCGCUGGUGCACAUUGUCAAAGGCACAGACAUACGGAAACUACACCAGGAAGAAGGCAAGGAACCGUUCAGGCUGGGUGCGACGCCCUUGAAGCACUACCGUACAUCCCGGCCCAAGUACUACAGUGACGUCGGUCUUCUGAAUCUGCAAGGGAAAAAGUGGCAGAGGGUCCGGUCGAACACGCAGCCACACACGCUGAAAGUUCGAACGUCAAUGACAUACGUACCGGCCAUGCAUAGAAUCUCCGACGAAGCUCUGACUCUCAUCGAUGAGGUCAUGGACAAAAACGGCGAAGUAAAGAAUUGCUUUCGUAUCCUACAGCAAUGGGCCCUGGAAAGUGUAGCUUCCGUCACGGCUGACAUGAGGCUGUGCUGUUUGAAGGACCCGCUUGACCCAACAUCUGACGGUGCCGCCAUACUAGAGGACAUAAAAACUGCUUUUACUUGCAUACAAAAGCUCGGCUACCGGUUUCCGUACUUCCACUACUUCAGGACGCCCACUUGGCGACGCUUCGAGAAAGCUAUGGACGACUUCACAGAGCGCACGUACCGACAAAUCGAAGAAGCAGCCGGGCGUAUAGAAAGUCGAAAGCUGGAAAGUGAGCCGACAGUAUUGAAAAGCCUGCUACUUGAAAAGAAGUUGACAUUUGGAGAAAUUUUUACAUUCACUAGCGAUUUCAUUCUCUCAGGCGUUGAUACGACGGCGUUUGCAACAACUUGCUUGCUGUUCCAAUUAGCUAAGAACCGAGAAGCUCAGCAGAAAGCGCGCGAUGAAAUUCUGGAUGCUGCUCGGGAAAAGUCGGGCUUCAUAGCGCCAGAACAACUUGAGAAACUGCUGUUCCUGAAGGCGUGCCUCAGAGAGAGCCUAAGGUUAAACCCACCUGCUCCUGGAAUCUACAGAAUACUGGACCAUGACGUUGUGAUGUCAGGCUACGUGGUCUCAGCUGGGGUGCCUAUCUUUGUAGAUUACUACGUUGCUGGACGCAUCGAUGAUAAUUUUAGCUUUCCAGAGCUCUUCCUGCCUGAGCGCUGGCUGAAAAUGCCGCCGGAAAACCUGCACCAUGACAGAUACGCAUCCCUUCCGUUUAGCUUUGGACCACGAAUGUGUCCUGGCCGAACAAUAGCGGAGCUCCACGCGUGCCUUCUUGUCGCCAAGAUUUUGCUGAAGUACGAGGUUCAUUGUGAGAAAGAAGACAUCGAUUUUCAUGGAAGGUUGGGCAACGUACCAAAUGGCUCAGUCGACUUCUUUUUCAAAAAAGUUUCUUCACCAGCUGUCUUAAAAGUGGCUUAAUGCGCAGAUGUUAGGUAUCGCUCUAAUCAUACUGCGCUGAGACAUCGUGGUGGUCCAAUGUAAUUGUAGCCUGUAAGCAGGGUAUUGCGAUAACUACGAAAAACGCUGUUUGCUGACUAAUUGCCUCACAAAUAUAGAGGAACACUGCACUGCAAAGCAAGACUAUAACCGAGCGGCCGAAAGUAAGGGACUACCCGGAACGAGUGCCAACAAGUCAUGCCAAAAAAAAGUGACAAUGGUGGUUGGGACGCACCAACGAUUGCACACUCUACGGUGUUGUUUAAGAUCCUAGUGCUGCUCUGGAGCCGUGGUGUAGAGGUAAAUGCUUGCUUCCCGCCCAACAGGCCAGACUUAUACACAUUACAGAAAAGAAGUAAGCACAAUUACUUCACUACUUCAUUCAAAUUUGGAAUUGAUUACAGUAAGAAAUUACUGCCCCAGAAAAAUAAUUGAGCAAUUACUAAAUUUAAGCCUUUACAUUUCUGUUACUUGCCUCCCAACUUUUAUUAACAUUGCACAAAUGCAGUAAAUCAACUAGCUGAUCUGGCUCCUUAACUGAGUCAUUUGGAGCUGUUAUACGUUGUUUAUAUUCAUUAACCAUUUCCUUUUAAAAUUU